CUCUUUUUCUCUUUCUCUCUCCGUCAGUGUAUCUCGUUCCGUAGGCAGGGGACGUCGACGCUCCGUUUCACUCCCCCCGCAGACGUAGAGAAGUAUAACCGAUAUACGCGUAUAUCUGGGCUGUGAUAACCCGGGGAUAUUAUUGCUUCGUUGUCCCCAGUGAAGGAUUGUGCCUCGGGAAGAGUGUGCGCCUCGCGGUGAACCAGGUGGUCGCCGCAAAUGAGGCCUGACGAGGAAGAUUGACGAUCGGGAACGAAGGAGGGUUCAGAGACGGGACACCCCGAUGGCUGCUGCCGUCAUUGGCGGUUGGGGGCUUCUUGCGCUCGCCAUACUCACCCUGGCCACCCCGAGUCCCGCAGCCAUUCGAAAAACCGACAGGGACCACUGCAAUAAAACUGUGGACAUUUACGAAGACGUCUCCAGCCCCGCGGUGACAGCCGCUACUUGGGGUCGACCCCUGAACUGCUGGUACCGUUUUCGGUCAUUUCGCGGGACGCCUCGAGAGUGGAUUCUUCGCGUACGUUUCAAGAAGUUCAAGGUCGGCGUUUUGGCAAACGCGACAACCUGCACCGGAGGAUUUUUGCAGAUCAUAGAUGGAAACGCGAAGACAGAGGUCAGCAACAGAAAGGACCCAGGAGUCUUCUGCGGCGAGUCGGAGCAGCCGCAGACUUUCAUAUCGGAGACGAGUUUCGUGCGAGUUGUUUUCCACGCGGACAAUUUCACCGAUCAAACCUACUUCAGCUUCGAUUCCCGGGCAGAACAGCAGACCGAGGUGUAUCUGAGGUACGGUCAGCACCCCGAGCUCUACCCGAACCGAAGAGGCGAGGUCGUGCCUGGAAGCUACUGCGAGCGGGUCUUCAAGGACUGUAGGUUGCAGACAUGCUACGUCCAGAGUCCGGCCUACCCGGGAGUUUAUCCCCGCGCCCUGCACUGCAAGUACCGACUCAACACCAGGCUGCCCUUCAUAAAGCUUUACAUCGAGAACGAGGAGUUCAACAUAGACGGGCAACGGUGCGAGAACAUAAUGACCUGUCCCAUGCGCCCGAUAAGCUCAGGCUCCCAGCACUGUCCCUACGACUACAUCCGCGUCUUCGACGGGAUGAACGAGACCAGUCCAGUGAUCGGGACCUUCUGCGGAAUGGGGAAGUUCCCCUACAGCAUCAUCGGCACGAGCGAGGAUCUCUACGUCGAGUUCGUCUCCUCGCCGGCUGGCCCGCUGCUCAACACCGGGUUCCACUUCAACGUGGGGAACUGGCCCGGCCACGUCGAGACUGCCGGAGUGAAGAACGGCAGCUGCGAUUGGCUUCUCAGCAGCGAGACCCUCGGCGCCGGCGAGGGGAUAUUCCUGUCGGUGGCCCAUUGGUAUCCGCCUCACACGAGCUGCACCUACUUACUGAAGGGCCGCCCAGGGGAAAUCGCCAGGCUGUACUUCCCCAGCUUCCGGGUUAACCGCAUCGAGUCACCCAUCCAGCUGUACGACGGCGACUGCGGCGAGAGUCUCACCCUCUACGACGCCGACUGGCCGGAUGAUGCGAGGAUCAUAAAGACCUUCUGCGACACCUUUAGCAGGCCGAUGGAAAAGCACGACUUCGUGUCGACUUCGAACGCUCUAUUCGUAAGGUUCGAGAGCAAGACCGGAAGCUACUCGGGUAGCUCGUUGUACUACUGGGCUCACUACGACUUCUUCAACGCGACGAAGUUCGGCGAGCCUGUGCCGAACACCGAGUGCGACGAGACCUUCGCAGCGUGGAAGGCCCAGACUGGAUACCUCCGCUCACCACUCAACACCCUCGUCUACAAACGGCCCGGCGAUCCACCGGCCGACUUGACCUGUACCUACAGCUUCAUCACCGACAAGCGGCUCUUCGCUCGCGUCAUACUGACCGUGGAAGCGGUCACCUUCAAGGACCAUCCUUACGCCCAGUGCGGAAUGUGCUGGGACAGUCGAGCCGACCGGAUCAUCGUCAAGGAGCCGCUACCGGGGUCCGGAAAAGGGAGCUGCGUUUGCCGGCUGGGAAACGGUUCACCGCCGCUGAGGAUCGUCUCACGGGGUGAAAAGCUUGAUCUGAAACUCCUGGUGGACGGGGCUCACGCCGCGGCCAGCUACUUUAAGCACUCUUCGCCGCUCUUCGAGGCCAAGUACGAGUUUGCGCACAGUCCGCUAUGCGGUCCGGCUCUUUUCCCCGCGACCACCGACGGCGAGAUUGAAUUUCCCCAUUACGAGGCCCUCGGCUACGUGACUCCUCCGCGGUCGAUCAAGUGCAUCUGGGAGCUACGCGUGAAUCCGGAACGAGACCUGUGGCUUCACUUCGACAAGAUAAAGUUCGCUUCGCGCUCCUGCGAGGACGGCAAGCUGGAUAUAUUCCUGCCCGGGAUGACCGAGCCUUACCUCGGAAUCUGCGGUGAGAACGUCAGCGUCGUCAGAGAGAUGCCGAUCCUCUCAGCUGCCCAGCUCGGCCCCGUCGGUCCCAUUUCCGAAACCCAGGACGACGAGCCGCCCGCCGUCAUCAUCCAGUUCACCGGCUCGAUGGCGCCCGCCAGAGCGGCCUUCAAGAUCGCAUGGACGGAGCUCUUCCACCUUCCUCGCGACGGAUCCGGAGCUCUCAAGACCCAGAAGCUCGAGGACUGCGGCUUCCGGUGCCCAGGUGAGGCCGGAUGCAUCUCGGCUCGCCUUCUCUGCAACGGUGUCGUCAACUGCCCGACGCCGACUGGCACCGCCUUCAACGCCACUUUCCCCGAGGCCGAUGACGAGGCCCCGGAAACUUGCGGAGGGCCCGUUGCCGGCGACGGAAGUGGCGUCGUUGGGCCCGCCGGGUGGGCCGGAGCUGGACUUGGUGCCGGACUCGCCGCGCUUCUCGGACUCGCCUGUUUCGUUGCUGUUUGUCGACUUUGUCGACGCCGCGGAAGGUCCAGGGACAUUCACGUACCUUACUGAUCGUCGGGUUACCCUCAAUAUCAUUCUACAACGCGAACGUAACGCCUUUGUCACGCGAUACUAUAUGGAUGCAUGUAGGUAUGUCGGCCGUGGCGCCGGCACACCAUCGAUACCCUGACUCUUCUCUUCCUCGGUAUACAUACUACCUUGCGGUAUGGCAAUUGCGCUACAAACCGGAUUUCGUAUCGUACGAGUUGAUUUUUAUUAUUCCAAAGCAUGCGGAUCAGUUCGGGUAUAUUUAU